GUAGAAGAUGGCUAUUCUUGUAUAAAAAAUUGUCAUCCCAAUGAUGCUAUCUGUCUCAGCAAUUAUACAAGGGAAAUUCUCUACCAAUUUAGAACUGUCCUGUCAAUGAAAUUUUUGAAAAAGCCGAUUGAGAUAUCUCGAAUAACAACAAAAAUAAAUAAUAUAGUAUUUAAUAUUGAAUAUAUAAUUAAUGGAGAAAAUGCCAAAGAUUUUUUUGUUGAACAACAAGGAAAUGUUGGUAUUCUUUACCUUUCAAGACCUAUAAAGGGGCCUCGAACGGAGAAAAUACAAUUAAACAUAAAUGUAAUGUCAAAAAAAGGUGUUUCUAUUGCCCACAACUUAGCAUUAAUUAAAAUUUAUGUGUCAAGAUGGAAUUUUUAA